AUGACAGUGACGAGACCCAUUCGCAAGUGGGAAGUUUUUCCAGGAAAGAACAAAUUCUUCUGCAAUGGUCUGAUCAUAACAACUGAUCAGCCAUCCAUUUUCCUGCUUACAAACUUCCUUCUCUUUGGAGUGACGGCACUGUUCUAUGGCUUUGACUGUCCAUACUUGUUUAGAAAGUUAUCUCCGAGCAUCCCAUUCGUUGAUGUGGCAGUUUUCAUUUUUGUGGUCAUCUUUCUGUACAAGGCAAGUUUUAUGGAUCCGGGAAUCAUUCCAAGGGCCACACCCCAAGAAGCUCUCUACAUUGAACGAAUGAUGGAUUUUCCACAAAGCGGCCAGUCGAUUGCCUACCAGCCCCCUCGCAUUUUAGAUAUCACAGUGAAGGGUGUGGCCACCAAAGUGAAAUAUUGUUCUACAUGCAAAUUUUUUAGACCACCAAGGGUGUCACACUGCAGUACCUGUGAUAACUGUGUAGCAGAAAGAUUCGACCACCACUGUCCAUGGGUGGGCAACUGCAUUGGCAAGAGAAAUUACAGGUUUUUUUAUUGGUUCGUCAUCACCUUGACGAUACACUGUUGCUAUGUGUUUGCAUUCUCUCUCACUACCAUGAUACUAAUUUCAAUAGAGUCUGACUUUCUGAAUGCUCUGAAGACGUCACCUGGAAGAUAUCCUUUAAUAGUUGUAUCAUUCGUUUGUCUAUGGUCGUUUGUCGGACUGGCGGGUUUCCAUACUUUCCUCUCUUUCUGCAACAUCACAACUAAUGAAGAUAUCAAAAGCUCUUACACAAGGGGUCAGAAAAAUCCUUUCAGCUUAGAUUCCAAGUUGUCAAACUUCUGUUUCAUGAUAUUUGGUCCCGUCACACCAAGUUUAAUAGAUAGGAGGGGCUUUGUAAAGACGGAU